AUGUUGUUGAGGCUGCCUCAAGGGCAGCAAGAGCAGCUUCAGAGGCUGCAAGAGAUGAUGGGAGCCCAGGUUCAUGGGCAACAGCAGCUUGCAGCUGCAACACAGAGCUUUGCUUCGGCUAGCUCGGCCACAAAGGGACGUGGCUUGAUUGAUGUGAAAGCUGUGGGGCGACCGAGCCAGUUGGGCGGUACAUUGGAAGAGGCGUCGCGGAACUGGCGCCAAUGGUCGUAUCGUCUUGAGCUUUGGCUAGCCUCGCAAUUUCCGGAUGCUAGGAAGAUCCUUGCUUGGGUCAAGGAGAAAGGUGAUACCGAGAUUUCUUUGGCAAGCCUGGAGUCGACUUCGAUUACGGGCGUCGCCAAGGAAGCGGUGCUGGAAUUUAAUCGCCAGCUUGAGGUGGUGCUUGGGACGCUUACCAGCGAUGCCCGCCUGGAUCCAUCGGACAUGGUCACCAGCAUGAGGUGGCUAAGGUCACUUAUGAGCACUUCGGCGGUGGACUCCGUCACCGACCUGGUGCCAGCCAUUGAGAAAUGGGAGGAUGCCCACCGGCGGUACAGCCAGCGGAAGGACUGCGCACCUUUGACGGAGCAGCAGAAGAUGGUUUCUUUGAUCGGCCUCGCACCGUCUGAGCUUCAGGGCCACCUGGAGCUAAACCUGGGAAGGCUCAGCAGCUAUGAGUUGCUGAGGAGAGAGAUGGUGUCCUUUGCGGAUACCAAGCGGGCCUUUACGGCCACGGACGGUGCUGUGCCAAUGGAGGUGGAUGCUUUGAAGGGUGCCAAAGGACCGAAAGGAAAAGGAAAGAAAGGAGACAAAGGAAAGGACAAGGCUCAAGCGGGCAAGGGUAACAAGAACCGGCCAAAGGGCCGAGCCAACGAGCUUGACGGCACGGAGGGCGGCGCCAUGGAUGGGGCCGGCGAUGCCGAAUAUGAAGCCGAAGAGCCUGAUGAGGAAGCCGAGUUGGGCUUCAUAGGGGCUCUGGAUGGCGAGGGCGAGGCUGACCCCGAUGGGGACCCUGCUGACGGCAGGGAAGAUGGAAGCGGAGGUGAUGGAGCGCUUCGCUCCUCACCUGGUGCCGACAACUCUGGAGCCGGAAGCUCCACGGAUCCCCCGGCACCCAAGGCAAAGGCCAAAGCGGGAACCACCAGUUCCACCCCAGUGGGCCUAAGGAUGGCCGAUAUGAGUGUGCUGAACAAGCUUCAGGAGAGACGAAGGGAGCUUGAAGCUCAGAUCGCCGAGGUGGAAGCCAAGGGCAGCGAAGGUGACCAAGGUGAGCUCACCAUGCACCGGCUGAUGCUGGACAUGGUUAAGGGUCAGAUAAGGAGGGCCCAGGAGCUCAAAAGGAACCGAGAAGCAAGGAUCUCGGCUAGGCUUCAGGCCGACCUGAAUGCGGGUCACAACCCGCAGCUGGCAAAGCGGAAAGAAAAGAGCCGCCAGAGAGCGGCCAAGCACCGACAGAGCCUCAGGCUAGGGCAAGCCAAGGCACGGGUCAGGAGAGAGGAAGCCCUGGAGAGGAGGUUCAACAUACCCGAGAGGGCACGCAAGCAGGAUGAAUAUCCGUUGCUGCCCAGUGCUGGGUCCAAGGUGGCUGCGCCACCCUCUCGCCGAGAAAAGGCUAUGAUGAGGGGCGAAGGCGAGGACCGCGAGCACUCUGGGGAUGAGCUCGACGAGCCCAAGGAAAGGGACUGGAGUGCCAAGCCUCGACGGCUAACGCCGGAGGGCCGCGAAGGCAAGAGGCUGCGAGAGCAGAAGAGGAAGAAAAGAAGGGCUCAGGAGAUGAAGGAAGAAGCGGGUGGUGGACCGCCUCGAUCCCCACCGGCAGGGGUUCGAGGAACCGACCGGCCCAGUGAGCCGAAGGGGCCACCGCCUAAGCUGCGGCCGACCCCUAAGGUUCGACCGACACCCAAGGAGCCGAGUACCCCGCCACCGGGCCAUGAGUCGAGAAGGAAGAAGAAAGAAGAGGAAGAAGAGGACCUGGUGGAGAUGGUCUUCACCUUCAUCGACGGCUCGGGGGUUGUGGUGCGAAGAAAGGGCAUCUCCGAGCUCACCCUCAGCCAGAAAAGGAAGGUGGAGGAGGCGAUCGCCUCUGCACCUUGA